AUGGGCCCCCACACGGAAAAGCCGGUCCAUGCCGGGCCUCAAGACUCCUGGCACGGCGUUGUCGGACCCGAGUCACGCUUCACCCCGGAAGCGGGGCGCUAUCACCUGUACAUUGGGCUCUUCUGCCCCUUCGCCCACCGUGCAAAUCUGGUCCGACACCUCAAGGGCUUACAAGAUGCCAUUCCCAUUUCAGUCGUCAAGCCUUACCCCAAAGGCGACGACAAGGGCUGGCCCGGCUGGCAAUUCCCGGGCGCCCAGGGACCCAACGACGUGUACGAGGGCGCGACGGAGGACAAGCUGUUCGGCUCAGGGUACCUGCACGAGGUGUAUUUCAAAGCUGACAAGGACUACAAGGGUCGAUACAGCGUCCCGCUUCUCUGGGAUACCAAGGAGCACACCAUCGUGAAUAACGAGAGUGCAGAGUUGCUGCGAUGGAUGCAGACAGGCUUCGACGAGCUGCUACCAGAAGGAAGUGCCGGGAGGACGCUUACGCUCUACCCAGAACCCCUGAGAUCCAAGAUCGACGAGGUUGGCGAGUGGAUGCAGCGCGACCUCAACUCGGGGGUGUAUAAAGCUGGGUUUGCGACGGACCAGGAGACAUACGACGAGAAUGUCCCCGUGGUCUUUGCUGCGCUCAACAAGCUGGAACGUAUCAUCCACGAGAACGGCGGGCCAUAUGUGCUCGGGACGGAGCUGACGGAGCUGGACAUCCGCGCGUAUGCAACAGUCAUUCGCUUCGAUACUGUCUAUGUGCAGCACUUCAAGUGCGACUUGGGGACGAUACGCGGAAACUAUCCAGUCAUCCAUGAGUGGCUUAAGAACUUGUACUGGAACGUCAAGGGCUUCAAGGAAACAACCGAUUUCAAACACAUCAAGGAAAAUUAUACCAAGAGUCACGACAAAAUUAAUCCUUUGGCCAUUACUCCGAUGGGGCCAUAUCCCAAUGUCGAAGAGCGGGUAAGCUUGGACUUCAACAGUUUAAAGCCGGGAAGCAUCAAGCACCCGGCAGUGUUGGCGAAAGAGAAGGAGUUGUACGGGCAAUAA